AUGAAACACCUUGUUCUUGCUUCUGUGUUUCUGUUUGAAACUUUCCUGCAUGCUUUGACUCAAUGCACUGCUCCAACUUCAGGGUUUCACCUUGAUGGGGAUUUUUUGAUCGGUGGACUCUUUGAUGUUCACUAUCCCCGGGGCCAUGAUCGCCAUCUCCGACCAGAGGCCCUCGACUGCUCAAGCCAACACUUCAGCAUCUCAAAUUAUCGGAGGUUUCAGUUGAUGAGGUUCACUGUAGAGCAAAUCAACAACUCCACCAGCCUGCUUCCAAAUGUAGCUCUUGGCUACGAGAUGUUUGAUCACUGCUCAGACACGCUUAGUUUCCCAGGAAUUUUAAAACUAAUCUCAGUCAACGGCCAGGUCCAGCCUUGGGUUGAACUGACCACAAAAGUCAUAGCAGUGGUCGGCCCUUUCACAAGCACUCAGGCCUUGACUGUAGCCCCGUUUUUUAUGACUGAUCUCAUUCCUAUGGUUAAUUAUGGAUCAUCCACUUCUAUUUUUUCAAAGAAAGCUAAAUUCCCAUCAUUCCUUCGAACAGUUCAUCCCAACAGUGAUGUCAUAGAGGUGAUUUUGACUAUUUUAAAGCACUUUGAUUGGCGCUGGGUUGCUUUCCUUUACACUGCGGAUGAUUAUGGUUACGAUGGCCUAGAUUUGUUCAUAAAUCGGGUCAGGGGCACUGAGAUCUGCAUUGCAUACAGCAAAGACAUCAAACCCGGCAUAAAUUUUUCUCGGUUGUUCCAGCAGAUUGAGCGACAGAACAUACAUGUAAUCAUUGUUUUUGCUGCCGAAGUGGUUGCUGAAGCUCUCAUUGAGUCAGCGAUCCGCUUCAACGUCACCAACAAAGUUUGGAUAGCAAACGAUGCAUGGUCUUUGAACAAAAGACUGCCUAAGAUGAAAGAAAUCAGAAAUAUUGGAACCGUACUUGGUGUGGCUCAGCCGGUAGUAAAAGUUCCUGGUUUUGGCGAUUUCAUCCGUUCUGCCGAGAGCCACGCUAAGUGUGACUACGAAGGACAUCAGAUGCUUUGCAAUCAGGUUUGCAACUGCAGCGACUGGAGUGCAAAAGAUAUCCUCGAGGCCGACCCAUCCUUCUCUUUCUCUGUUUACUCUGCUGUUUAUGCGAUUGCUCAUGCCUUGCACAAGACCUUACAGUGUGGAGAAGGGGGAUGCAAGAAUAUUACAGUAUAUCCAAAAAUGGUUCUAGCAGAGCUCCAGAAGUCCAAUUUCACUCUGUUAAACCGGACUAUUCAGUUUGAUAAAAAUGGUGACCUCAAGUUUGGACUGUACCUUCUCGUUUUCUGGGACCGUGCUGGUGAGGCACAGAAGAUUGGAUUUUAUAAAUUUUACCCAUCAGUCCAAUUCUACAUCAACAGCACCGCAAUCCACUGGUACACAGAUGGAGAAGUCCCCACUUCAGUUUGUUCCCCAGAAUGCCCUGAAGGAUAUGCAAGAAAGCAAAAUGACCUCUACACAUGCUGCUUCACGUGUGAAAUCUGUCCAAAUGAAACUUACAUCAAUGUCACAGUGGAUCCCUACAGCUGCAUCAGCUGUAAGGAGACAGAGUGGUCUAAAGAAGGAAGUACGUCAUGCAAUCUGCGCCUGGUGGAGUACAUACCAUUCACCGACGUUGGGGCUGUACUCAUCAUGGCCGGAGCCUGCAUCUUGGUGGGCCUCAGCGGAGCUAUAUCUGUUCUCUUUGCCAUAAACUACAACACGCCUGUUGUCAGAUCUGCAGGAGGACCGAUGUGCUUCCUGAUUUUAGGCUGCCUCAUCGUGUGUAGCGUUAGCGUGUUCUUUUACUUUGGUAAGCCCACAAAUGCCUCUUGCAUCUUGAGAUACUUUCCUUUCCUCUUGUUCUUCACUGUUUGUCUGGCAUGUUUUGUUGUGCGCUCCUUCCAGAUCAUUUGCAUUUUCAAAAUAGCCGCAAAGUUCCCCAAACUCCAAACCUGGUGGACAAAAUAUCACGGCCAGUGGCUGCUCAUCACUGCAGCUUUCACAGCGCAGGCCCUGCUACUCAUUACUAGUCUUACCUACGAUCCUCCCAUACCAUACAAUGAAACAUUGUGGCACCAAGACCAAAUUGUGCUUUUCUGUUCUUUGAAUCUAGAAGUAACCUCUUGUACUUUUGUUUUACUUGUAUUUUUGAGCUGCCUUUGCUUUAUUUUCUCCUACAUGGGAAAAGAUCUUCCAAAGAAUUAUAAUGAAGCCAAAGCCAUAACCUUCUGCCUGCUGCUGUUGGUCGUCACCUGGAUCUUGUUCGUUACCAUCUACUUACUUUACCAAGGAAAGUUCAUCCAAAUUCUGAACGCUCUCGCCGUACUCUGCAGCCUCUAUUCUUUUUUGCUGUGGUAUUUUCUGCCAAAAUGUUACAUUAUAAUUUUUCAGGCUCACAAAAACACUCCGCAGUACUUCCAGGGUCUCAUUCAGAACUACACCAAAACAAUCAGCUAUUAG